CUCAAUCUGUAGGAGCUGCCUGGCAUCAAGCAGAGCAAAACUAGACCAUUGCUCACUGUGCUAACGGGUUACCUUACUGGAUCUCAGGAAUUCACCUCUUUCUUCAGCAGGUGUUCAGCAGUCAGUGAUCUGCACAUUCCAUUAUGAGUGGUGAAAAGAAAUCCAGACAUGUCAUGUAUAAGAAAACCUCCCGGGAUAAGGCGGUGAGCGUGUACCUGGGCAAAAGGGAUUAUGUUGAUCAUGUGGAUUCUGUGGAACCAGUAGAUGGAGUUGUUCUGGUGGAUCCUGACCUCCUUAAAGGAAAAAAAGUGUACGUCACUCUUACCUGCGCUUUCCGUUAUGGUCAAGAGGAUAUUGAUGUUAUUGGCCUAACCUUCCGUAAAGACCUUUACUAUGCUCGGACUCAGAUUUACCCACCAGUAGAGGACCCCAAAGCCUUGACCAAAGUUCAGGAGAGGCUGAUGAAGAAAUUAGGGAACAAUGCAUUCCCAUUUGUGCUGGAGUUCCCUGAUUUCUUGCCAUGCUCAGUGUCUCUUCAGCCAGCUCCCUCAGAUGUGGGCAAGGCCUGUGGUGUGGAUUUUGAAAUUAAGGCAUUUUCUACAAACAAUUUAGAAGAUAGAAUUCACAAAAAGAACUCUGUCCGCCUUAUGAUCCGCAAAAUUCAGUAUGCGCCAGAUCAGCCAGGGCCUAAACCCCGAGCGGAGACAUCAUGGCAGUUCUUUAUGUCAGACAAACCUCUGCACCUGACAGCAUCACUGUCUAAGGAGGUGUUUUAUCAUGGGGAACCAAUCACUGUGUCUGUCAGUGUGACCAACAAAUCCGACAAAACAGUGAAGAAAAUAUCUGCUUCAGUGGAACAAGUGAGUAAUGUGGUCCUGUAUUCCAGCGACUAUUACAUCAAGACGGUGGCCUUGGAAGAGUCUAAUGAAAAGGUACCUUCAAAGGCUUCGUAUAAUCACACCUUUUCCCUGCUGCCUCUGCUGGCAUACAAUCGGGAGAAGAGAGAAAUUGCACUCGAUGGGAAACUCAAACAUGAGGACACCAACCUGGCUUCCAGCACUCUGCUUAAGGAAGGCACUGACCGCACCGUCAUGGGAAUCCUGGUGGACUACAAGAUCAAAGUGACCCUCACUGUUUCUGGGCUGCUGGGAGACAUGACCUCAAGUGAGGUCUCCACGGAGCUUCCAUUUAUUCUCAUGCAUCCAAACCCAGACGGCGGAGCCAAAGAAAGUGAGCAAGAAGAUGACAUGGUGUUUGAAGAAUUUGCCCGUGAUCCACUCAAGGGUGAACUGCAAGCAGAAGAAAAAGAGGAAGAGGAGGAUGAUGAGAAAUAAGACACAACAUUCACCAUCUCUGGGGAGAAUCUGGUUAGCCAGUAUCCAUACCCUGUAGCAAAGUCUAUAGCAAAGGGCAUUUAUUACAUUGAUCUAGUUUUUUUUAUGCCCUUUAUGCUAAAAAUUUCCUUGACAUGAGCACAUAAAGAAUAAAGCUCCUUAUGUAGAAACAUUAGAACUUCUACUGAGAAACAAGAGCAGUAGGGGUCAGUUUUCCAUGGUUAAUACAGAAGAGGGGACACAGAUAAUACCUCUGUUAACAGAAGUAGAUUCCGAGUACCCAUUUAAAUGAAUACAUACAUCUCUGGGAUUCCGCUGCAUUUGAUACACUAUACAGAAUGGCUGAUAAGUAGAACAGGCAUGUCUGGAAUCACCUCUUACGUGGUUCUCACUGAUUGGUUGGUUGUGUAAAGCAAGAGAUGCAAAAGAAAGAAAAUGGAUCUUCAUUUACUAACAAAACAAGUUGUUCCUUAUGUCCACUUGAGAUUGUACGAUUCUGAUCAGUAAUAGCAUGAACUGUUUGUAUUUAAUGCAUUCCUACUGUAUGUACUACAGUCAGAAACAAAUGAGUGGUAACACUGAUGAUGUAACCCAAAUAAAGCAGACGGCAGUAUGACUCCAUUUAA